CGAACAUUUUUAUUAUUUGACAAAUGAAGCAGCAUGAUCAAGCGAGAAAUAAAUUUUAUUUAGCAACUAUUUUUAUCUGUUAAUUGAUCAUGAUCGAUCAUUCGUGCAUUUUGCAUUGUGGAUAUUAGUCCGCCCAAGUAGAACGAAUAAAAGUCAUCACAACAUCUAAAUAAAUACAAACAAUUAAAAGUCACUUUUUGAUCAAUCACGGUUUACUUUAAUAUCAUUUGAACGUUAUUGCGACUUGUUGCUCUGCUUGAGCUCCUAUAUGUCUCUUACUUUAUAAGUAUCAAAAAACUUUUCACAUGUAGAAACUUUCCAUACAAUACAGACUAGCAAAAACAUUGCAAAAUAUUGCUACAAUGUUUCAGCAAUAUUGCAACAACGAUAAAAUGUCCGUUUCAGAAAUAUUGAUACGUAAUGUUACAGCAACAUAACGUAUCAAUAUUGCUGAAGCGGACAUUUUACCCUUGCUGCAAUGUUGCUGAAAUAUUGCAGCAAUAUUUUGCAAUACGUCUUCUAUGUGCUGUAUGGAUUCAGUUGCCCCCAACAGACUGUUUAAUCAACGGAAUUUAGAAACAAAAGGUAAAGAGUUUCAAAGAAUUCAAAGAGCUUCAAAAUAAAAUUGCGAAAACUAUAUUUGAUUUUCGCAUUUUAUACUUAUUUGCGUAAGGAGAAAAUAAGAAAUGUAACAUAAUUUAUGUUAUUAUCAAGACAGAAAGAAAAAAAUCUUGAAAUUUUUAAUAACGAACAAAUUCUACUCGUGUGAGACAAUACAUUGCGUUGAAACGCAUUAGAACAUAAAGAAUCUCGUUUGUAUAAAAUAAAUCCAGCUUCGAACGUUAACAAAACUCAAAACCGCGGACCUCUCGAUCGAAACCCGCGAAAGCAAUUAAAAGUUAUCGGCGGCGCGCGACGCAAGCGCGGGCCGACAGAUGGCGCCACCGGUAGUCGCGCAAGCGCAACGCGCAUCGCGCAACCCGCGUUCGCCGAACGGCGCGCUCGCUCGUCCGCUCGUCCUCCCCUGCGAACAGUCCGUCCGCGAUCCGCGUAGCUUCCGCGUUGUCCGUUCGGGCACCUUCGGCUUCGGCUCUCUCUCCCCACUCGCGCGCGUGGCGCUGGACCGACCGCGUGCAGCUUUGGAGGGGGGACGUCGCCUCGUUCGCUGUGCGCGCGAGCGAGACAGACACAGUGCGCCCGGUGCACGGCGCAGAACGGCGCGAUUCCGUUCUUUGUGUGUACUCGCCCGCCGCGGCGUAUCGCGUAUAUGCGGCGUGUGCGUGACGACCACGACCACGACGACGACGACGACGACGACGACGACGACGGUGCAGCACAGCCGGUGGACAGUGACGACGCUGGCGCGGGGGAGAAACGUGCGUCGUCGCGAUCAGUGACAGACACAAGAUGGCGGAGGAGCGCCUGGUGGUGCAGUGGUAGUAGAGCGGUGCAUAUCGGCCGCACGGGCCGCGUCAACGUGUGCAGGACAACACCGCGGCGGGGGGUGGCGGGCACGCAUCGCGGUUGUUGGCUCGCGAGCGAUUGACAACAGCUGGACGCGACAUGGAGCGGGCGCACUCGGCAACGACCACGAGACGCCGCGGUCACCAGCAUCAUCCGCGGCACACCACGCGACGACGUCUCGACGCCUCCAGCAGAGGACCCGCGCAGUGUGGCCCUGCUGAUCCCGCUGUCAGGAACAGCGGCACGUUCACCGGCGACGAGACGUCAUCACCUGUCAGCGUGACAACGACCGUCGACGACCGAUUACUUGGCGGCGCGACGACGGAUCCGUCCGUGCCGUCGCACGUGACACUCGGCGGCACGAGAUGGCCCACGAGGACCCCGAUGAUCGUUGACGAGGGUCUCGAGACGAAAGACUCGAGCAUCACCCAGGUCCACCUCCAGGAGAAGAAGGAGGAGGAGGAGGAGAAAGAGGACGGGAACGACGUCCGACAGAGGCUCGCGCAGUGUAGCCCGGACGUUCCCGCGCUCGGCGAGAAUAAGGAUGCCGAGCGCGGCGAGACGCAGGAUCGGCUCUUGCGCGGCAAGAGGAGGAGAUCCCCCCGAUCCAGUCCACGUGGGAAGAGCUCUCCCGACGAUCGCGGCAACCACGCGAACGAUCCGCGGAGCAAGAGCAACUCGCCCGAGCCCGAGCACGCGGUCGCGAGGGCACGCGGCGACGGUAACUCCGACGACGAGUCCGCCAACGUCGAGGAGGACCCGGAGCUGGCGGAGCUCGCCAAGCUACGCUGUCCCAGCGAACGCACGGAGGUCCAGGCCGAAAGGGAGGCCCGCAGGCGGAAGAGAUGCGCCGACUAUCCUGGCCUUGCUUUCGGCUGUUCCAUAUUCUCCAGCGACACGAUGAUGAAGUUCAGUCUGAUAAAGAACGAACUCCAGAAUAUCAUGGGCAAUCAGCUGAAGAGGGAGCAGGAAAUCUGCUGGGAAAGCGCAGCUGAAGCAGCUUUCUCAACAGGACUGGAACAAUGCCAGAUUGAGUGCCAGAUUUGAGGAACAGGUGUAAACAUCUUCCGUUGGAAUUUUGGAUUGAUAAAAUUUAUAAUUGGAAUUAGUACAGCGGAAUCAGCACACGUCGCGAAAGGACUGUUCCGUUUAAUAAAGAUAAAUUAGAAUCAUCUUUAUUCGGCUUUGCGGAUAUGUAUUUUGAUUUCGCAAAGAGACGCGCGCGUUAUGCAAAUAUUAAAAUCUACGCAGAGAAAAAGAUUUUAUUGGAAUUAGUAUUUCUAUUUAUUUGAUUGAAAGUUGUUUUAUUGAAACGACAUACGUUCAUACAGAACGUUAUUUAUUUGAAUAAAAAUGUUGUUUUAUUCAAAUAACAUCCUAUUAGUUAACGAAAAGAACAGUGUUAUUUAUUGAUUCAAAUAUUGAUUCGUUUAAAUCGUUCCAAAUAAAUUUGUUUGGAACGGUUACAGUAAAAUUUAUCAAGUCCAAAGAAAUCGUUUUCUCUGUAUAUGAAAUUGUGUGAAGCAUUAGGAAAUUAAAAUCACGCCAACGUUUGAAUUAUUCAAACGUGAAAUUAAUUAACUAUUAAUUAUCUUUCUAGUAUAUGUUAUAACUAAAAAAAAUCUAUAGUUCUAAUAAUGAAGAUUUUCUUUUUUUAAUAGAAAUUAUAAUACAUGAAAUUUAAAUCGGGAUUGAAUUCGAAUUGCGCAGAAUAUAGGUGAGGCUCACUUUAUCAGAAGUAUAAAUCGCGAUAAGGGAGAUUCAUUUGUGAUCGCAUGCAUCUUUAAUUAAAUACUAACGGUACAUACGUGAGCUACGAACUAGGUAUACAAAGCGAAUUACGUGGAAACAGAACGGUACAGUAAGGUUUCAACAUACGCUGAUGUGCCGUGGAAAUAUGCGAGUGCAACGAAUGCAGCGGGAAAAUAUUAAUUCGAGCUUAUUAACAUGUUCAGGUUUCUGUGUUUCGUUUCAGUAUAGCAUAUAUCUAGGUAUAUAUAUUCAAUGUUAUACAUAUGGACAUCAAAGCCAUACUUAUCACGCGUUUAGCAUGUUUCUGCUGCAAUGACGAAAGAUUUGCGUCAUGUUCACUCUAACUGAAACGUGAGGGGUAUUGUAAUCUGUGGUGCCGAGUGCACGUAUUAAUUAGAAUCGAUGUAUAUAUAUGUAUAUCGAGCGAAUGUGUUCUUAGCCAGUAGAGCGGCUUCUUGAGGUGCAAGAUAAAUUUUCGCGAUAUGCUUUGCAACUCAUUUGAAGUUGAUUACGUAUUAAUUUAGUUUCGCUGAUUCAUACAUUUAUACUUUGAUCAUCUUUGAAAAUUAACGCGCAGCGAUUAACUUUGAAUUUUUAUCGAAGAAUGUAUUUGAAUCAAUUAUUAUUAUCAAAUGAAUAAGAAUAAAAGUUCAAUUGUUAAUUAUUAGUACAAAAGAAUAUUAGUUAUUAUAAACUUUUUGCAUUAAUAAUUGUACUUUUAUUCCAAUUGAUUUGGAAAUAACAACUGAUUGAAAUAUAUUUUUCGAUAAAAAUUCAAAGAGCAAUUUUAAUUGAAGAUGCAAACGCGCGUGUGAAAGUUUCAUCCUUCUUUAGAAGGUCAAGUAACUGCAUGAUUAUCAUUCAAUUGUAUUCUGUAUCUCAACACACGCAAGUUAAACGUGAUUUCGCAGCGUACGAAAUUAACCUUGGAAAUUAUCUGUCUGCGAUAUUGCAUUCCUUCCAGUUAUCAUUUCCGUUUUCGUUAUCUUGUUAAAGAAUGAGAAAAAAAACGAGUACGGUAGGCUGUAUGAGACAUCCGAUAUACGAAUAAAAGUGCAUUAGAUUAUAUCUAUAA